UUCAGAGCAUGGAGGAGAAGGAGGAGUUGGAGCUGCUGUGUGCUCAGCUGAAGGGAGACGCCCCGAUGUACCGCCAACGAAACAAACAAACCCUCCGACAGCUGGAGGAGGUGAUCCGAGAGAGAGACAAGGCUCUGGCAUCGCGGGCGGAGCAGCAGGAGGAGGCGCGGCUGCUCCUGCAGGAGAAGGACCAGUACCGGGAGACGGUCCGACAGCUGACGGAGCAAUCUGAUAGGCUGGAGCUGCUGCUGCUCAGCUCGCAGGGGGAGGAGCUACAACUGAGGACACGCCUCCACAGACUCACCUCCAACACCCACCAGGGUGAGAGGAGCAGUGAGGAAGAGGAGGAGCCAGCAGAGAGCACUGCUAAAGGCAGCAGCGGGACGUCGGGGGAUAACGAGGAGGCGGCAGCGCUGCAGCAACACGUCUCUCCUGUAGGAGGCGCCACAGAGUCUGAACACAAGCCCAGCACUGAUGCAUCAUGGGUAAGUUACCUGUUAGUCUAUCUCUCAGGGGGUUUUAAUUUACAGAAGGCUUCUCUCGUCGUAUAA